UUCGCCGAUCGUCAUUAUCUUUGUGGCGUGUUACAACAGGAAUGAAGUAAUGGAGAAUUUAUGGUGGAUUUUUGUUUUUGUUUUCCUUGCUGUUAUAAUUGCUGCUGUUUUUCUAUCUAUCGAACAGUUUUUAGCACAAAUUCCAUCUAAUAAACAAAAUGGAAAGGUUGAGAAAAAGAAUGAGAAACAAUCGAAAGAAACAGAUGAAUGUUCAACGUUGACAGCGCGUGAAAAAUUGAUAGAAACGAGUUCGGUCAAGAAACGGAAACAAGUCGGGACGUCUUUCAGGGAAACGUUGCAGUCGGUACACGAAAUGAAUGUAUCACUAUCAAGCGACUGUUUAUCUGAAGAUGAAACGACAGACAACUACAUGGACGAAAUGAAUGAAGUUCCAGGUCGUAUUGAAAAUAGAUCCUUGUCAGGUCUUAAAUAUGACAAAUUCCGUUCAUAUAUUGACGAAGAUUGUCUGCAGGAAGAGAUGGAAAAAGCGGGGGUGUUGCAUGGCCUUAAUAAAUACAUCAAGGAUUCAUUUGAAAAGUGGGCUUCCAUGGAAUUAAAUGUUGCUGUGACAGGCAAUUCUGGUGUAGGAAAAUCCAGUCUCAUCAAUGCUCUGAGACAGUUAAAACCUCCAAAUGAAGGGGCGUCUUCUUCUGGUGUUUUUGACUCAACAACAAAAUGUAUAAAAUACAUCUAUCCUGAAAAUCCAAAGGUCGCUUUAUGGGAACUACCUUGUGUGGAAACACAAUGGCUCACAAAAGAGAAAUAUUUUGAUGAAAUGAAUUUUCCUCGAUUUGACGUGGUUAUAAUUGUUUCAGCUGGGCGAUUCCAAGAAAAUGACAUAUGGUUGGGAAAAGAAUUGCGCAGCAUUCGCAAAAAUAUUAUUUUCGUUCGAACAAAAAUUGACAUUGACAUAACGAACAUAAAACAAGCGUGUCCAGACAUAUUCGACGAAACUGAAUGCCUUAAUAAAAUAAGGAAAAACUUAUCAGAAAACAUUCGUCUUGGGGGAUUUCAAGAUUUUAUUAGUAAUGUUUUCUUGGUCAGCUCUGCCGAAAGAGAAUUGUACGACUUUAGUGGUUUCAAUCAGGAACUUAAAGGUUUAUUGAGCAUCAAAGCAAACGCCAUCAAAGAUUUACUACAUGAACAAGUUCAAAGACAAAUAAAGAAAGUCCAAGAAUCGUGCAAGUAUAGAUUCAAAGGUCUCAGUGGUUUCCUUUACGUUUGGUCUUUGAAAUUUAACUCCAACUGUCAAUUACUUGAUGCAUACCGGGAAAAGUUUUGCAUCGAUGAAUGUUCGCUUGAUUUCAUAGCAAAUGAGUUAAAAACCUCAAAAACUGAAUUAAAAAAGUAUCUGAAAUCUUACAAGAAACAGUCAAACGUUGUAUUUAUGGACAAAGGGAAAUGUUUGAAAAUGUGUGGUGAAAUGGCAGAAGACGAACGAUGUUUGGCAAUUCUUCGUCUUAACCUUCUUGCAAAACAACUAAAACCGAUUUAGUAGAUCCCAGCUGAAUAUUGUUCUGCUAAGAUAAUUGAGCAAAACAGUAUGAUAGACUUCAUUUUGGACAAAACACCUCAACUGGAAACAUUAUAUCUACAAUUUGACAGAUGUUCAAAGCCUCACAAAUAAUAUGAAUUACAAUUGCUUAUUAGAUGUCUGGGUCAGAAUAACUUCAAAUUCAAUCUUUCACAAAUAUAUUUCAUUUAAGUUAAAUUGACAGUUGUGUCCCGUGUAAUGGUG